AAGACAGUUACUGGAGAACAGCAAAGGAAGUUUACCCAUAGGCUAAGGUUACUAGCCUAUUAGACAUGGUGAAACCAAGCUUAUUACCUCUAUAUUGCCAUAUUCAACAGAAUCUCCAUAAAAAGCCUGUUUCAAAGUUGUGUUUUAUCUAUGGCCUAUGAUAAACCUGGUUUAACGGGUCAACUAACUUUAAAGUUUGCCUAGAUUUGUGUGUUAACGCCACUCCUUCCAGCAACAUGGCCAUCUUAGUUUAAUUUUCAUGUCAUUGAUUACUUGUUUGCACAAAUUAAUGAGUGAUUGUUCAACAUAGGCUUCAAGUAGGCUACUUUACAGGCCUAGCCUACUAUUACUAGAGUAUUACUAGAUUACUACACGUUUGAAAUCGUCUGUGUUACGUUCGCUAAUUGCAUAGUAUUUAAGCACUUCUCGACUAAUGUCCCCAUACAGACUAUAGGACACCCCUCCCCCCAACAUUUUGGCGGUUUGGCUGCACUCCCUUUUCCACUCUCGCACUCCCGGUCUCAUCAGACUCAAGUCCCCAAAUAGACUAUACGAACGGAUCCCCCCACCCCACCCCAGAUGCUUUUGGCGGGCUCAGUUUUACAACUAGGCUAUAUCAGCACUUUUUGUAUUCCAUAGGUUUAGUCUAAAACAUUUCUAAUUGAUGAUACCGGAAUAUAAACAAUUAAAUUAAUGAAAAUAAAAAUGUAUUAAUUUCGGUUAUUUUAUUUCAAACAACGCAAGAGAUUCACGUCCAAUCAGCAGCGAUCUAUCCCACAACGUCUUUCUUCUACAACAAGAAGUACUUUGACAAGCGCCAUUUUGAUGAAACCAGGAGUAGGUGAAACGUGGAGGAGAGGACACGUGUGUGCUGUAAAUAUAUUACUUGUUGAACAUGUGAAAUGACAAGUACCAUCUCGGAGAGGUUCUUAAAACGAAUUUUAGUUUUGCGCCAGCAUCACUCAAAGUGUGAAUCCCUCUAUGAUAAAAUGGCAACCAUGGGGAAGCAGGAGAGCGAUGCAGAAUCGGGAUACAAAACGGAAGGCCCAAAAAGAACAACAAAAGUACGAAAUAACAGUGCUUCAGAAUUAGUUCCAGAGCUACAGCGAACGGAAAGUGUGUUUCUCACAAAAGAGAUGCUGGGCAUUCCAAGGGAUUCUUUGCCCAGCAGUGAAGAUAGUGGCAGUGAGGACGAUUAUGUUCCGGACUCAAAUAGCAGCAGCUCAGAGGAGCCCAGUGAUGAGGAACCUGCAAAGAAGGUCAGGCCCAAAGUUUCUUCUGCCAAGUCCAGUGAUGAGGAACCUGCAAAGAAGGUCAGGCCCAAAGUUUCUUCUGCCAAGUCCAGUGAUGAGAAACCUGCAAAGAAGGUCAGGCCCAAAGUUUCUUCUGCCAAGUCCAGUGAUGGCACAACAGCAACAACAUCCUUUUCUGCCACUGACAAUGAGAAGUCUUCAAGUGAGUCAGUAGUUGUAAUGAAUGUGAAAAAGAAAUCAGAUGGGUCAAGGGCCUACAGCAAAAGGCAUUUUUGUCUUUUUUGUUCAAAGCCUUAUGCAAAAAUGGCAAGACACUUGGAACAUGUACACAAAAAUGAAGCAGAAGUAGCUGCAGCUGUUAGAUUCCCCAAAAAUUCAAAAUCAAGAAGAAUUCACCUGGACCUUCUGCGCAAAAAAGGAAACCGGGCACACAACAUUGACGUGAUUCGUGAAGGCUCUGGCGUGAUAGUUCCUUGUAAACAAACAAGUGACAGUAAUAUCAAUCCUAACGAUUUCCUGCAUUGUUUAAGCUGCCAAGGGCUUUUCAAGAGAAGGUUUCUUUGGAAGCAUAUGAAAAGGUGCACUCUGGCUAGACAGUGUGGGGUACUCAAACCUGGCAAAAACAGAAUACAAUCACUCUGUGCAAACGCUCAACCUGUACCAGUGGGAGUAAGUGCUAAGUUAUGGAAGCUCUUAAGUGAAAUGAGUCAGGAUGAUGUUACCCAUGCCGCUAAAAAUGACGUGUGCAUUGUAAAGAUGGGAGAGCAAAUGUUUAACAAAAUUGGCCAUGAUCCUUCAAAACACGAAUACAUUAGGCAAAAGAUGAGGGAGGUUGGAAGACUGCUGUUAGCAGGUACACAGGAAUCCCCAAUGAAGACAAUGGAGGAUUUCAUUCUUCCGUCGAACUUUCCACAUGUUGUGAAUGCUGUGAAGGAUGUAGCAGGCUUUGACAGUAACUCCAAUUCUUUCAAAAUACCUUCACUGGCUUUAAAAUUAGGCCACAGCUUGCAGAAGAUUGCGAGCAUUAUUGAAUGUAAUGCAAUGAUAUCGGGGAAAAAGAAAAUUGUUGAAAAUGCACAACACUUCAAACAAAUUUACCGAACAUGCUGGAAUGAAAAUGUUUCCUCAUCUGCACUGAAAACACUUUCAGAAGCGAAGUGGAACACCCCACAACUGCUGCCAUUCACUGAAGAUGUUAAAAAAAUGCACAUGUACAUGGAUCAAAAACAAAAAGAAGCAUACCAACAGCUAACAAACGAGGAAUCAUCAAGGAACUGGGUUGAUCUAGCUGAGGUAACCCUCGCUCAGCUUAUACUGUUCAACCGUAGAAGAGAGGGGGAGGUGUCAAAAAUGCGCCUAACUGCCUUCACUGAAACUGAUGUGCCAUUGCAUGCAGAUGUAGCUGAGGCUCUAACUGCUCUAGAGAAGAAGCUGUGUGAACACUUCAAAAGGAUUGAAAUUCGUGGGAAGAGAGACAGGAAGGUCCCUCUACUGCUAACCCCAGCAAUGCAGGCGUCCAUGGAAUUGUUAGUGAAGACUCGUGCAUCCUGUGAGGUUCUCGAAAAUAACAUCUAUUUUUUUGCCAGACCUAGACAAGAAACGUUUAUUCGAGGCUACAAGUGCAUUCACCAGUUUGCAAAGGAGUGCCAAGCCAAAUACCCAGAGCGCUUAUCCUCUACGAAAUUAAGGAAACAUGUAUCCACACUUUCCAAGGUUUUGAACCUCAAAGAUACAGAAAUGGAUCAAUUGGCUGAUUUUUUGGGCCACAACAUCGCAGUCCACCGCAAGUUCUAUCGUCUGCCAGAAGGAACACUACAACUGGCUAAAGUUAGUAAAGUCCUGAUGGCCAUGGAAAGAGGGUGCUUAAUGGACUACAAAGGAAAGAAUUUAGAUGAAAUUGAAAUUGAUCCCAAUGAAACAAUUCCAGAGGAGAGUGACCAUUCAGAAAGCGAACUGACGGACGAAGAACUAAGCCCACCUUCUACAUCCUACCUACCUUCAGCUGCUAAGAAACGCACUUCAAAGAAGAAACAGUGCAUGCAAUCAGAGGAAGAGUCCGAGGAUCCAGGUUCAGCUGCUAAGAAACGCACUUCAAAGAAGAAACACUGCAUGCAGUCAGAGGAUGAGUCCGAGGAUCCAGGUUCAGCUGCUAAGAAACGCACAUCAAAGAUGAAGAGCCAAAGUAAAUGUGAUGAAAUGAACUCCGAUGUUCCAGAUGCAGCAUCCAAGACAUCCUGCCGCAAGAGAAGACCAUGGAGUCAAGAAGAAAUCCGCGCUGUUGAGAAGACCCUGAUGAAAUUUAUCACUACAGGCAGAACUCCUGGGAAGGCAGACUGCGUUUCUUGUAUCAACUCAGCACCUGAAGCACUUAAGUUCCGUGACUGGAUGUCAGUUAAGUUUUAUGUCAAAAAUCGUUGUGUGUCCUACCAAAGAACCACACAGACCCUUUUAUAGCAAUUUGAUAAGAAUGAGUUUGGGGGUGGGAGAUGGGAAUGUGUUCAGUUUUCUUAACAGGGCUUGAGCAUUUCAGAGGACCACACAAUACAUGCCCUGUACUUACACAGUAUUCUUGUUUAUAUUUUAUGUUGGCAGAGGGUCAGCAAUGUUUUUGUCAUUGGUAUUACAGUACAUGCACUUUAUUUUAACAGUACUUAAAUGAUUUUAGGUUGGGAGAGGGUCAAUUGUGUACUUUCGUUGUUAAUACUACAUGCUCAUACAAACAGGCUUUAGAGGAAAAUUAAUGAUGCUCAUGAUUGUAAUAAUGUUGAAGUGUAAAGAGUUGCGUGUGAGAAGAAGGUACGUUGUAUCCUUGUUGACGAGGUUCGUUAAAAAUAUUCUGACAACACAAUUUUUUUUAUUCAUUUUAAUAUUUCUUUUAUUUUCAUUAUUCACUUGGUAUCUGCAAUGCCUGAGUAGAUAUUUUAUAUUGAGAAGGUAUCUGCUUUUUCACAUGGUGUUGACUGUAGCAUUACUAGCACUUUCAGAAAUAAUGUACGCUAAUAACUAUCACAACAAUCUACCUCAUAACGUUCUAAUGAAGUGUGGUUGUGCAUUCUGGCACUGUGUUAAGCAGCCAAUAAAUGUGUUGAUUGCUACUAA